GGCGGGUCUCGCAUUCCGCCCUCCCUCGGCGCUGGGCUGCGGGAUGGAGGCUUUAGGGGAGCGGCGGGCGAGCGGGAGCCGGGCUCGGCGAGUGUUGGGCGGCUCAGCAGGGCCCCGGAGCCUGCCUGAGCCCAGGGCCCGCUGUGUGCUGGAGGUGAAGGCGACACAGAUGCGUGAGCCCACGCUUCCCAGGGCCCUGCCUCUCCUGGGCUCGCUGAGCGGCCUCCCCAUGGACACACUGAGCAGCCUGCGGCACGUGACUGGAAUCAUCGCACCGCUCCACUGCCUGGCUCUCCGCUACAGCCGACACACACACACACUGAAGGGGCAGGCUGAGCGGGAGGAUGUUGAGCGGCGGAGACGGAGGAGGGAGAAGAACAAGGUGGCGGCGGCACGGUGUCGGAACAAGAAACGCGAGCGGACAGAGUUCCUGCAGAAGGAGUCUGAGCGCCUGGAGUUGAUGAACGGGGAGCUGAAGCUUCAGAUUGCGACUCUGAAGCGCGAACGGCGGGAGCUGACCGCCCUUCUCAACCGGCAUCGGCCCACCUGCAUCGUCCGCACCGACAGUGUCCGCAGCACGGGGCCUGAGACCGACAGUGACCGGGGCCCAGAGUGAGCGGGGCCCAGAGUGACCACGGCCCAGAGUGACCGGGGCCCAGAGUGACCGGGGCCCAGAGUGACCGGGGCCCAGAGUGACCGGGGCCCAGAGUGACCGGGGCCCAGAGUGACCACGGCCCAGAGUGACCGGGGCCCAGAGUAACCGGGGCCCAGAGUGACCACGGCCCAGAGUGACCGGGCCCAGAGUGACCGGGGCCCAGAGUGACCGGGGCCCAGAGUGACCACGGCCCAGAGUGACCGGGGCCCAGAGUGACCACGGCCCAGAGUGACCGGGGCCCAGAGUGACCGGGGCCCAGAGUGACCGGGGCCCAGAGUGACCACGGCCCAGAGUGACCGGGGCCCAGAGUGACCGGGGCCCAGAGUGACCGGGGCCCAGAGUGACCACGGCCCAGAGUGACCACGGCCCAGAGUGACCACGGCCCAGAGUGACCGGGGCCCAGAGUGACCGGGGCCCAGAGUGACCACGGCCCAGAGUGACCACGGCCCAGAGUGAGCGGGGCCCAGAGUGACCAGGGAAGGACUUGCUUAACCAGCACCGGCCCAUCUGUAUUGUCUGCAGCCUGGUGCCAGGUCGACGGCCCCUCCCAUGGGAUUGGUCAAUAGCCCCCCCCCCCCCCCCCCCCCACGUCUGCAGAAACAGACUGGACUAAUGUCUCAGGCCGGGGCCCCUGCCAGUGCCGGCCGCUGGUCUCCCCCCCCCCCUACAGAGCAGAGCUGCUCACCAGCCCAGGACUGACCACAGGACACGAAGUUGGGCUUAAUGGUGGCACCUACAACCUGCCCAGAGCGACUGGUCCCCUGGUGGAGCGACUGGUCCCUUGGUGGAGCUGAGAAUUACGCUGGUCCAUCGGUGGAGCUGUGGUGUGACUGGUCCCUCGGUGGAGCUGGGUACUAAUGUGGUCCCUUGGCGGAGUUGGAGAGGCUCUGGUCUCCUGGUGGAGUCAGGGAGCACCUGGUCCCAGCUGCCGCCGGUCCCUACCUGCCUGGCGCUGGAGCCACAGCUGCACCUCAUGUUUGAGCAUCUGCUCCACGUAUCAGCCCGCCAGCUGCUGCAACAUCUGCACGGAUCACUGACUUUAACCUCUUCACCCCCAGUAAAGGUGUAUGUGACACUCUGCUGGGCAGUGCCAUCCUUCACUGCUCCUUGGCCCCGGGACUUGUCAGCAGGAGGUCUGGUCGCUGAAUCUUCUGGUGAGAAGGGGCGGCAGAAGGGGGUUGUGACGAAGUGUCCAAUGUCUGCAUGGGGAUGUGGACCAAGGGAACGCCUGGACAAACAUCUGGCAAAUGGAAUAUCAAAUAAAAGGAGGAAAUGUUGGAAACAUU